AUGGAGGCUACAACCUGCAAUGGAUCGGUAGAUGGUUCUACUGUCUUCUACCUGGUGGGCAUCCCCUCUCUGCCAGAGCCCUUCUACCUUCCUGUGUUCUUCCUCUUCCUCCUCUUCUACCUGCUCAUCCUGAUGGGGAACACCCUGAUCCUGGUGGCCGUGGUGACAGAGCCCAGCCUCCACAAGCCCAUGUACUUCUUCCUAGUCAACCUCUCAGCCCUGGACAUCCUUUUCACCACAACCACUGUCCCUAAGAUGCUGUCGCUGUUCCUGCUGGGAGACCACUUCCUCACCUUCCCUUCCUGCUUACUGCAGAUGUACCUCUUCCAAAGCUUCACAUGUUCAGAAGCCUUUAUCCUGGUGGUCAUGGCCUAUGACCGCUAUGUGGCUAUCUGCCGCCCUCUGCACUACCCCGUCCACAUGACCCCACAGACGAACACUGCACUGGCAGCUAGUGCCUGGAUCACCGCCCUCCUCCUGCCUGUCCCAGCAGUAGUAAAGACCUCUCAAAUGGUAUAUAAUAACAUCGCCUACAUCUACCAUUGUUUCUGUGACCACCUGGCUCUGGUCCAGUCCUCCUGCUCAGACAACCCCCAGACCCUCAUGGGCUUCUGCAUCGCCAUGGUGGUGUCCUUCCUCCCUCUCCUCCUGGUGCUUCUCUCCUAUGCCUGCAUCCUGGCCUCAGUGCUUCGUAUCAACUCCAGGGAAGGGCGUUCCAAAGCCUUCUCCACCUGCAGCUCCCACCUCCUGGUGGUGGGCACCUACUAUUCAUCCAUUGCUGUAGCCUAUGUGGCCUACAGGGCAGACCUGCCCCUGGACUUCCACAUCAUGGGCAAUGUGGCCUAUGCUAUUCUCACACCAAUCCUCAACCCUCUCAUCUACACCCUGAGGAACAAGGAUGUCAAAGCAGCCAUUACCAAAAUUGUUUAUUUCAAAAGUGUGACGUGA